AUGAUGCAACCUGAGAUUCUUGAGUCUCCAUGGUCAUCAUUCUACUUAGAUAAAAGCUCAAAUUUUGAUCAUCAAAUUGAGCACUAUGGCUUCCAGGUGGAUGCACAUAUGGGUGAUUCAGAAUUCAAUUCUCUAUUCAGCACUCCAGAAGACACUUCCUCUGAAGUUUCUUCAUUCCCUAUACCUUCCAAAAUGUUCAUAAAUGAUCAAUUUUUCCACGAACCACUUGACAAAGACCCUCUUCAACUCCCAACACUAAUGGAUGUCUAUGAUUUGUCUGUGGAAUUGGACGACUAUGAUCUCAUCAUGAGGGAUCAUCAAGUUGUGGGUAUUCAAGGGUACUCAAAGGAAAGUGAAGGAGAAAAUUCUUUGAGUAAUUGGAGUCCAUCCCCCUCUAUGAAUUCAGAUUUGUCCUCAGAUCAAAAACCAUUGACCUUGCCUCAACAAGGCAUCGAAAUUGAAAACCAAGUAAGUCUUCCACAUAUGUUGGAGGCCUUGGGAGAAGCCAUGUAUAAAGGGCAUAAAGAACUUGUAGAAGUGAUCUCAAGAUGCAUGAAGCAGAAAGUUAGUCCAAUUGCUGAAAAACCUCUCGCACGCCUUGCUUUCUACUUGUGCGAAGACAUCACAACAAAGCAAGGGGAUUGUUAUCUCACACAUGAGGCAUCCAAGAACUUUGAAGCAGCAUUUAGGGCUUUCUACCAAGGCCUCCCACAUGGAAAAGUUGCUCACUUUGUGGCUAAUUUGGCAAUUCUUGAAGCUAUGCCACAAGAUGUUGAAGUCAUACAUAUAGUGGAUUUUGAUAUGGGAGAAGGGUCUCAAUGGCCUCCAAUGAUUGAGGCCCUUGCAACCCUAAAUAAAACAUUGAAGUUGACGUCAAUUAAAUGGGGAGAGGAAAGUUUUGAAUGUGCUUCCUCUCCAUGGAAGUAUGAGGAAAUUAGAAGGGAGCUCUUCGAGUAUGCUAGAUCAUGUGGGUUGAAGUUGAAAAUGGAAGAAAAAGGAAUGGGGGAAUUGGGUUCUGAGCUUAAGAGAAUGAACAAAAGAAGUGGAAGGGGGGAAUUUUUGGCCUUCAAUUGCAUGGUAGGUUUUCCACAUAUGGGAAGAGGAAGGAGUAGAAGACUUGUCAUGGAGUUUCUAAAUUUGAUCAAGAGUUGUGGCAACAAGGGAAUUGUCAUUGUUGGGGAUGGGAGAGUUUGUGAGAAGAUGAAAAAUGAAUUGGAAUUCAAGCCAUUUUUUGAUGGGCAUUUGCUACAUUACCAGGCCUUAUUGGAAUCAAUUGAAUCACACUUCCCAACUUGUUUGUUAUAUGCAAGAACUGCCAUUGAAUGCCUAUUUGUGGCACCUUAUGUCUCUUCUCUUGCUUGGUUGCAAAAGUGGGAAGAGAUUAGAGAGGAUUGCCAUCUUGAGGCAGAGAUUGGCUUAGAGGGAUGCAAAUUGAACAAAACAAUUUUAAUGGAAGUCAAAGAGAUGUUGAGUGGAAGUGAUGGUUCAUAUCAGGCUAAGAUUGAAGGACAUACUGACAAUGAAUUGGUUUUGGAAUGGAAAGGAACCCAGCUAGUAAGAGUUUCCAGUUGGCGAAAUUAA